AUGGCAUCCACAGCUUCGGAGGUCCCCGCUGCACACCUUGACAAGGAUGAACCGUGCGAUAUGGAUAAUAUUAGCAAUGCAUCGCAGUCACCUAUUGUGUUUAUGAAGCACACUGAUGAACCUGCAUAUGUUACGAGGCAUACAGGUCAGGAUUUAGAUAGACGUGAGACGCACGUUCAAGAACCUGCAUUACGACGUAGAACUUCAUCAACACAGUGUUAUAUACCAAGUGGACUUGUUAGUGAACUUUUCAAACCACUUUGGAUUGCAGUAUACAGACCUAAACUAUUACAGAAAAGGACCAUCGCUGGAGCCGAUAUUGAAAGGAUCUGUAUAGCAUUACUGACAGCUGCGAAAACUGAUGAACGCCCAUUUCCCACGGUAGGAUGUCAUAUAAAAGGACUUUGUGUCAUAUUAGCGCAAAAAAUUACGCUACUACUUGAUGAUGCUAACAUUCUCAGCAAGAAAUUGAUGAUAUCGACAACAGUGCCAGGUACUACCAGGCGUGCUAAGGUACGUAAGGGGUAUGUUGAGUCGGAUGAUGAUUACGAGAUGCCUAAACGAAAACGUACAUCCGCUAAGUCACGAAAAGCUAAAAAAAGAAUGUUAGCACUGGAGGAUUAUUAUGAAGAGGGCUAUGGCCAACGCAAUGGUGAACGCCCAGUUACCAACGGUGACGGUAGUGAGCUGGAUGAGAAUCUCGGUAACCAAGAUAGUGAUUACAUGCCGGUGGAACAGAUCGAGGUACUUCAGUUGAUGAAUUUCGGGAUUGGGAUGGGUGUAGGUACGGAUAUCGCUUUCUAUUCGUCAAGCAGCGCAAACCGUGAACAUGGUAUCAGCUAUCAUAAUUUUGAACAUGGGAUGGUUGAUAGACAGCCAAUGUCAUUAGAGGAUCUACGACACAAUAGGGAAACUAUACGUCCAGAUUCAUUCUUGGAUCUCCAAUCAUUAAGUUCGCCAUUCAAACUCAACGGCUAUUCAUUCACUCCCCAAACUAGGGUUAGCCAAGAGCUGUCGGAUGCAGCAACUACCAUCGCAAGUACUGAACUUAGCCUGCAAUCAGAUAGUGUAAUGCUUAGUACACCAGAAUCUGGGAAGUAUGAUCUGGAUUGGGACAUAUACAAUGAUGCAUUAAGGGAUAUUGAAGAACAUGUCAUGAGUGAAGAUCGUACCGGAUCGGAAUUGGUGCCAAGCAAUACCAAGGAUCGCCGCCGCAUGGUUCUGGAAUAUACAGAACCUGACGGUAAGGCUGUGCAUUUGGUUAAAUCAAAACGUGUCGCAAGAUAUGAUACGAAAGUUACUAGCACCAAUAACAAAACUCCCAAGAAAGUUAAACUGCCUAAGGAACAAACCACUAUUGAUACUUUCACAGUAUCACCACAGGCCAUAUGUGAUAAAACGCAAUGGUUCAAUUCGGCAAUCGACUCAUUAGUCAAAUCUGUCAUCGGUCACAUGCCAGACGGUAACGAGCCUUCAAAUAAUGCAGAAUCUGACAAAGCCAAGGUAAACGGCGGUCAGAAACGUGUCAAACCCGCAGUGGAACUGCCAUCCACCAAGCAGGGUGAUAAGUGGUUUAAAAGGGUCGAGCGUGAGGUUGCUAAAUCUAAACAUCACAAAUCCACUGUAAACGUAUUCGACAAUGAAACUGUGAGUACUGUACAAGUCAUCGAGGGUUAUCGUAAAUGCGUCCGUGACCGUCAGAAUGCGGCAGAACCAAUCGAGCUCGCUGCUUUGCUUAAAGGCAGGUCCAAGGAGAACGCUGCAUUGAUAUUCUAUCGCACACUGGUGCUCGCAAACGCCGAUUUUAUAGCUCUAUCACAAGAAGACAGACCGGGGGCACAAAUCGCAGUAACGCCAGCACGCCGGUUCUGGGAACCCAUCCAUACAUGUCGAGAUUUGAAGGUAUAG